CCUGUAAAGAUAUUGAAAAAAAUGGCAGCAGAAACUCAGACACUUAACUUUGGGCCUGAAUGGCUUCGAGCUCUGUCCAGUGGUGGCAGUGUGACGUCCCCACCUCUUUCUCCAGCAUUGCCGAAGUAUAAAUUAGCAGACUAUCGCUAUGGGCGAGAGGAAAUGUUAGCACUUUUUCUAAAGGAUAACAAGAUUCCCUCAGAUCUUAUGGAUAAAGAAUUUUUGCCUAUUCUCCAGGAGGAGCCCCUGCCACCACUGGCACUAGUACCAUUUACAGAAGAAGAGCAGAGAAACUUUUCCAUGUCUGUAAAUAGUGCCGCUGUCCUACGAUUGACAGGACGAGGAGGAGGAACAGCGGUAGGGGCUCCUCGAGGUCGAAGUUCCUCUAGAGGUCGAGGUCGAGGCAGAGGUGAAGGUGGUUUUUACCAAAGAAGUUUUGACGAAAUUGAGGGUGGCUUUGGGCGAGGUGGCGGUGGCCGAGAAAUGCACCGAUCACAGAGCUGGGAAGAAAGGGGAGACAGACGGUUUGAAAAACCAGGGCGAAAAGAUUCAGUGAGACCAAACUUUGAAGAAGGUGGGACAACAGUAGCAGGGAGAAAGCAUGACUUUAUACGUUCUGAAAGUGAAAAUUGGCGCAUCUUUAGAGAGGAACAGAAUGGGGAAGAUGAAGAUGGAGGUUGGCGCCUUGCAGGGUCACGAAGGGACGGAGAGAGAUGGCGUCCACACAGUCCAGAUGGUCCUCGCUCGGCAGGUUGGCGAGAGCACAUGGAACGGCGACGGAGGUUUGAAUUUGACUUUCGAGAGCGGGAUGAUGAGCGAGGUUACAGAAGAGUGAGAUCUGGCAGCGGCAGCAUCGAUGAUGACAGGGAUAGCCUCCCUGAAUGGUGCCUGGAGGAUGCUGAGGAGGAGAUGGGGACCUUUGAUUCCUCUGGGGCCUUCCUUUCCUUAAAGAAAGUACAGAAAGAGCCCAUUCCUGAAGAGCAGGAGAUGGACUUUCGGCCUGUGGAGGAGGGGGAGGAGCAGCACUCUGAUUCGGAGGGGAGUCACAACGAAGAAGCCAAAGAACCCGAUAAGGUUGCCAGCAGAGAUGGGGAUCGACUGGAUCGAGGGGCUGCAGAAUCUUCAGAAGAAACAGCCGGGCCAUCGUCUCCAUGUGCGCAGCCUGCUAGUCCUUCAGAGCGGCCAUCUCAGGAAGCCCAGCAGCCCAGCCUCUUCGAGAGGAACGAAGAGAACAAAGUGGAACAGCCAGAAGAGGAGAGCCGCUCUGAGAGCGCUCUGGCCACCCAGGGCCCCAGCAGAGGGGAAGAACUGGUCCCUGCUGUCCAGUCUUUGUCACAGAACGCUUCAGACCCAUCCUCUUCUGGUCUUCUUCUCCCCCCUCCCGUUGCCAGUCCAGGCCCUGCCCUCCGGCCCCCACAGACGCCAGCCCUGGGUGCUCCUGGCAUGAGCAGUGUUUCUGCAGAUCCUGAUGAUGAAGAUGGUCUCAAACACCUUCAGCAGCAAGCAGAAAAGAUGGUGGCCUACCUACAGGACAGUGCCUUGGACGAUGAAAGACUGACUGCCAAGCUCCAGGAGCAUCGAGCCAAAGGAGUCUCCAUCCCCUUAUUGCAUGAGGCCAUGCAGAAGUGGUAUUACAAAGACCCACAAGGAGAAAUUCAGGGUCCUUUCAAUAACCAAGAAAUGGCAGAGUGGUUUCAAGCAGGCUAUUUCACUAUGUCCUUGUUGGUGAAGAGAGCGUGUGAUGAAAGUUUCCAACCCCUUGGCGAUAUCAUGAAAAUGUGGGGAAGAGUUCCCUUUUCACCUGGCCCGGCACCCCCUCCACAUUUGGGAGAAUUGGACCAGGAACGACUGACCAGGCAACAGGAGCUCAAUGCCUUAUACCAGAUGCAGCAUCUCCAAUACCAGCAGUUCCUGAUCCAACAACAGUACGCACAGGUGUUGGCCCAGCAGCAGAAAGCAGCCCUGUCAUCCCAGCAGCAGCAGCAGUUGGCCCUGCUUCUCCAGCAGUUUCAGGCUUUGAAGAUGAGAAUAUCAGAACAGAAUCUGAUUCCAUCUGUCACUAGGUCUGUUUCAGUUCCAGAGACUGGCUCUAUUUGGGAGCUUCAGUCAACAACUUCCCAACCUACAGUCUGGGAAGGUAGUAGUGUUUGGGAUCUUCCUCUCGACACCGCGGCUCAGGGACCAGCUCUUGAACAGCUUCAGCAGCUUGAGAAGGCUAAAGCUGCCAAGCUAGAGCAAGAGCGGAGAGAGGUGGAAAUGAGGGCCAAGCGAGAAGAGGAGGAGAGGAAGAGGCAAGAGGAGCUCCGGAGGCAGCAGGAAGAGCUCCUUAGAAGGCAGCAGGAGGAGGAGAGGAAGCGGCGGGAAGAGGAGGAGCUGGCCCGCAGGAAGCAGGAAGAAGCCCUCAGACGUCAGAGGGAACAAGAGUUGGCCCUAAGACGGCAGCGAGAGGAAGAGGAACGGCAGCAACAAGAGGAAGCGCUUAGAAGGCUUGAGGAAAGGAGGAGAGAAGAGGAAGAAAGGAGACAGCGGGAAGAAUUGUUACGCAAACAGGAAGAGGAGGCUGCCAAAUGGGCCAGGGAAGAAGAGGAAGCUCAGCGUAGGCUUGAGGAGAACCGAUUGCGGAUGGAAGAGGAGGCAGCCAGGCUGCGACAUGAAGAAGAGGAGCGGAAACGUAAGGAGAUGGAGCUCCAGCGGCAAAAGGAGCUGAUGAGGCAGAGGCAGCAGCAGCAGGAGGCCCUGCGGCGCCUGCAGCAGCAGCAACAGCAGCAGCAGCUUGCCCAGAUGAAGCUUCCGUCUUCUUCCACAUGGGGCCAGCAGUCUAACUCUGGGGCCUGUCAGUCUCAGACAACACUAUCGUUAGCAGAAAUUCAAAAGCUAGAAGAAGAAAGAGAGCGGCAGGUUCGAGAAGAGCAAAGGCGACAGCAGCGGGAAUUGAUGAAAGCCCUGCAGCAGCAGCAACAGCAGCAGCAACAGCAGAAACUGUCAGGUUGGGGCAACAUCAGCAAACCUGCGGGCACUGCAAAGUCACUGUUAGAAAUCCAGCAGGAGGAGGCCCGGCAAAUGCAGAAGCAGCAGCAGCAGCAGCAGCAGCAGCAGCAGCAGCAGCACCAGCAACCCAACAGAGUCCGAAACACCCCGCACUCUAACCUGCACACCAGCAUCGGGAAUUCUGUCUGGGGCUCUCUAAACACUAGUCCCCCUAGCCAGUGGGCAUCAGACCUCGUUAGUAGCAUCUGGAGCAAUGCCGACACCAAAAACUCCAAUAUGGGAUUCUGGGACGAUGCUGUGAAAGAAAUGGGCCCGAGGAAUUCCAGUAAGAGCAAAAGCAACGCCAGCCUCAGUAAGUCCAUAGGUGUUUCUAGCAGGCAGAAUAAGAAGGUGGAGGAAGAAGAGAAGCUUCUAAAGCUCUUCCAGGGAGUUAAUAAGGCUCAGGAUGGAUUUACCCAGUGGUGUGAGCAGAUGCUUCACGCGCUGAACACGGCCAACAACUUAGACGUUCCCACAUUUGUUUCUUUUCUGAAGGAAGUGGAAUCUCCUUAUGAGGUCCAUGAUUACAUCAGGGCCUACUUAGGAGAUACUUCGGAGGCCAAGGAGUUUGCCAAGCAGUUUCUUGAGCGCCGUGCCAAACAGAAAGCAAACCAGCAGCGGCCACAGCAGCAGCCGGACUCUGUGUGGGCCGUGAACCACAGCACACUGCACUCGGUGUUUCAGACCAACCAGAGCAACAACCAGCAAACAAACUUUGAGGCUGUGCAGAGUGGCAAAAAGAAGAAGAAGCAGAAGAUGGUCCGAGCGGACCCCAGUUUAUUAGGUUUUUCAGUAAAUGCAUCAUCAGAGCGACUUAAUAUGGGGGAAAUAGAGACUUUGGAUGACUACUGAGCUUCUGCACACCGUCUGGCCAUUUCCCAUGUCUGUUAACCAUGGAUUCUCCACCUUUGGACAUCACUCUUUAUCAUUUACUCUUGAUCACCUUGCAACCAUCACAGAACCUAUCAUCUCAGGCUUUAUCUUCUAGCCCUUUCUGUCCAGGACUCUGAGCAGUCCUUGUUGGCGAGCCUCUCGGACAAUAGACAAGUGGACUGAACUCUGUCUAUUGGGUGGGUGGUAGUUGGGAUUCCUCCCCAACAAGGAUAACUGUAGACAGCAGGCAUUCACUGGGCUGUGAGACCACCUGCUGUUUCCUGGAAAGCCCGUUGGGAUUUGCCAACAGCAGCUUCCUUUUCCCUAUCUCCCCUUCCUUUUUUUCUUUUUUUGUUUCCCCCUUUUUUUUUUUUUUUCUUUUUUCUUUUACUUUUUCUUUUUUUUUUUUUUUCUUUUUCUUUUUUUUUUUUUUUUCUUUUUUUUUUGGCUGGGGCAAGGGAGGGGAACCCAACUUGUGCAAUCAUGGAGAGAGUUUAUGGUUAACAGAUGUUGGUCAAUAACAACACACCCCAUGGAUUGUGACUUCCGUGUUCCUUCAGGACAGAGCCACACGGUGCCCUCCCCAUCCAGGAGAGGCAUCCGGAAAGCUUAACUUUUGGAUAACGUCAGCAAGGGCUUGGAUGAGGGGGUUAGCUUGGAUUGGUUUGAAGUUGCACACCCUUGGCCUGCCUUUGAUGAACAUUCUUUUGGAGGGAAAGUUCAAAUCUUUCUUCAUCAGGCAGUGACAUCAAAGCAUGCCGAAUUCUCCCUCUGGCACACUCCUUCCUUCCUUGGACAAAAAAAACCUAUGAUCUGGGAGAGGGACUUUUUUCCUUAAUUUUUCUUUGUUAAAAACUGAUUUUUCCCAUAAACAUUUUUACUUCAGAGGAAUAGGACCAGUUUGUUUUGGGCCCUUCUACUGAGAAUUUGUCUCGUUUAAGAGAUAACUAGGAUCUUUACCAUAUGUCUGUAUUUGUCUAAUUUCAUUUUGGGUGGGGAUUCACCUUGGCUCUUGAAUAUACAAGCCCCAAACUCUAGCUGGUUAUUCAUGGCAGUGUGUGCGUCUGUCUGCUUGCAACCCAGCCCUGGAAAGGGCGUGUUAAAGAUCCUGGACUGGCAUUUUUAUCCCGACUUGACCGCCUGCAGUGCUUCUGCUCCUGGAGACCACUGAGGGGCAGGCAGAAGGAAGCCUGGCCGGUUGUGGGGCCUUCUCUUCCGACCCAGAGAGAAUCGGCAUCACUUGGACUCGCUUUGCUUCGGCCGAGAGUUCCACAAGGCCCGUCCCUCCAGAACCAGGCCCACCCCCUGAAAUUGCCCAUUGCACUUAGUUUCUGACCUCUCCUUUCUUCUUGCCACAUUUUGGGAACGGUCGGAGUGUGCCUGUGGGAGAAAGUGCUGCAGCUGCUGGGGUGGCUCUGUGGGAAGAUGGCACCUUCUUCUCCCUCUCUUCCCUUUCCCUCCCCUCUCCUCCCGUCCCACUCCCUCCCCCCAACCCUCCCCUCUCUUCUUCCCUCUCCGCCAUCAUUGCCUGAAGAAGAGGCCAGAGCUGCUCUGAGAGCAGUUUGGCUUUGAAUGAUUUUAUUUGGUUUAUUUUAUUUUUAUUCUUUGAGAACACCGCUCCUCUUGUCCCUGCCCCCUCCUGAACAUGUACAGUAAUUCUACAGAGACUGCUGCAAACGUGUAUAUAGUUUUUGGAUCCAGUGGCAUGGGGAGACAGGGCACCAUCCACAGUUGGGCUCCUGUUCUCCUUUGCUUUGUAAAUUCAUAAAGGGGGAAAGAGGGAUAGUUAAAAUGUUUACAAAACUUUAAGCUCCCUCGGAACUUUUGCCAGUGUGGAGGAAAAAAAGAGAAAUAAAUAAAAACAGUUGUAUUAUA